AUGCUGUUGGGAGCUGCGUUGGGAGCCGCUCUCCUACUUGCAGGCUCGUGCCAUGCGUUGCAAAGUGUCAACCGUGUUGGACGUUACCUUUACGGCGCGGACGAUGGUAAGAGAUUUUAUGUCAAGGGGAUUUCUUAUCAAGAGCAGGGCCUCAUCACUGGCAAUGACCCAACAAGUUUCCCUGAACCAGGCGACUUCAUCGACCCAUUGGCGGAUUCAGCAGGCUGCCAACGAGAUCUUCCGUACUUGCAACAAUUGGGCGUCAACACCAUUCGUGUCUACUCCGUCAACUCUUCACUCAAUCAUGACACUUGCAUGUCUUUACUCAGCAAAGCCGGUAUCUAUACUAUCAUUGAUCUCUCGCUUCCAGUCAACGGAUCGCUGGACCGAGUAAGCCCAUCCUGGACUACGAACCUCCUGAAUCUCUAUGUGGAAACCAUCGAGGCGUUCUCGAAGUACGAUAAUGUCCUUGCUUACAACGUUGGCAAUGAAGUAGCAAUCUCGAACCUGACGACCGUCGUCGGGCCUUUCAUCAAAGCAGCUGCUCGAGAUGUCAAAGGUACCGCUUACGUCGCUCUUGGCCUCUUGCUAAUUAAGCUUGGCAUUUUCACCUUAGCCUACUUGAAGUCGAAAAAAUUUCCGCAGCUUGUUGGGUAUGCGUCUGUGGAUGCCCCUGAUAUUUGGCGGUUACCUUUUGCCCAGUUUCUGUCCUGCGACAAUGAGGCUACCAGCAUCGAUAUUUAUGGGCUUAACAACUACGAGUGGUGUGGGGAUUCUAAUUUCCAAGCAGCUUACGUUGGGACAGAGAACGCUUUCAAAACUUAUAACAUUCCAGCCUACUUCUCUGAAUUUGGAUGCGUCAAGUCACCCCCAAGAUUGUGGACAGAGGUACAGGCGCUAUUUGGCCCUCAAAUGAUCGAUGUCUGGUCUGGUGGUCUCGCCUUUUCCUACUUUCCCGCCUUCGGAGGCUUCGGCAUGGUCAACAUUAGUUCGGAUGCCAAAACCGUCAUCGUCAGUGACGACUUCAACCGACUCAAGUCUCAAUACGCUCUUGUGAACUUCACUGAUAAUCCGACGAAAUCCAAUGCCGGUACAACCAACUAUUCACAAUGUCCGGCAGAGACACCCAAUUUCCUCGCCAGCACGAAACUUCCUGAUACUCCAAACACUAAUCUCUGCGAUUGCGUUUUGAAGUCGUUCAGCUGCUUGUUCACCCCUCAGACACCGAACUAUACCUAUAUCGUUGGAGACUUGUUAAAUUACGGGUGCUCUCAGUUGGGUUCGCUUGGUGGAUCUUGCGACACUAUUGCUAGUAAUGGAGAGACUGGAGUUUAUGGCAGCUUGGCUGAGUGUGAUCCCACCAUCAAGUUGUCAUAUGUGUUGUCUUCCUACUACGAGGCUUAUAACAGAACACCCCAAUCUUGCAAUUUCAGUGGAAACGCAACUAUUAACCCGAGCGCACCACCUACUCGUACCGACGCCGUGAAGGCCGCUCAAUCUUGCCUUACCGCAACCCCAGCAUCGACUUUCACACCCUCGUCUGUCCCUCUGCCACAACCUCCAGGUGCCUCUACAUCAUCUUCCAUUAGCACCUCCACGCGAAAGGGGGGAGCUACGAACAACCGUGUUGGCCUGGCAGGCAGUGAGGGCAUUAUUGGGCUGGGAGCGUUCACGUUGACUUCUAUCAUUGCGGGAGUGUGGAUUUUACUGUGACAAUUUGUUAAUUUCCUUGGGUGUGAUCUUUAGUCAAGCAGUAUGUUCAUCUACUUGAAUUGUUCACCCUCAUUCUUUGAAGGACUUGUCGUUUUUUUUUUUUCAUUGCACUUUCAUUUAAUUGGACUUGUUGCUUCCAUAUCCUUCUACCUCUCGCACUGUAAUGGACACGAGUUUUGUGUAAAGUUCGGAUGCUUUGAACAGUUCAACGAGGCGCGUCUCAAUGGUUGUAAUGCCCGUUUGAACGCUGUUAAUCGUGGAAGUUUUGGGCUAUCGAUUGACAAUAUGAAGAAGGGGAAUUGAAACAUUGCAUAAAACGAUACAAGCUUAUUAAGUAUAUAUUGCCGUGGUGGUCAUGAUCACUGCUGAACGACAUCAUCAACGAAAGCCAGAUGAGCAGAAAAAUGUGAUGUCGUAGCUAUUCUUUGCG